AUCCUGCAGCUCCGCGAUUCCGAACCGAACAUUGCUUUCUUCGAGACAUUUUACCCUUUUGAGGUUAGGUUUUCGUCUUCGAUUCCCCUACCGGAUAUAACACGUGAUUAGUUCUAAUUGUUAUUUUAUGGAGACAAUUUUGUUGUUGUGACCUUGCCAGCUGUUGACCAAUAUGGGGAAGUUUCCCAUUUGAUGUUAGGCGGAAAUGUUGAGUGCGAAUGAGUCAACGUGUAAACAAGGUGUGAAAGUGUGUUUUUGUAUUCUUUCUUGUAGCUUUUAUUCGAUUAUUGAGAAUCUGGUUCUUGUUGCAUAUUAUUAACUAUUACAAAAUAGGGUGAGUUUGAUUCAGAGUGAGGAUCGGAGACUUUCAAUAAAAUAUGAACAUGUGUUCAUAAACAUGGAGUAAUUUGAUAGGGAUGAUACAUUGGUCCUGAUUCAGAUCCAAACUCAUUGAUGACGAAAGUUACGAUGAUAUGAUGACAGGAUACAUUCAAUAAAACCAUGUUAUUAUGAAUAAAAUUGAAACUUUAAGAACCAGAAUAAUACGUAUUUUUUCAAUGAUAUUGUCAUUGAAAUGAUUACAUGAAUUGAAAUCAAGAUAAGAAUAGGAGCAUGAAAAUAUAAAGUUUCAAUAAAUUAUAAAUUUAAACUUCAAACUAAAAUAAUCAUUGGUUUGUAGCCUCAUUUUUGUCACCCUUUAUAUAGAAUUCAUUUCUAUUCCAUUGGGUCAACAGACUGUGCCCACUUCUUUAUUUUCAAUUUUUAACUGCCAUAGUAUGAUCAACAAUAAUUGCAUACUUUGUCUCUUAUUGGGUAUCUUCUUCCCCCACUACCCAAUAAAUACCCCAUUUAAAAGCUUAUUGACUGAAUGAUAGGAAUACGCUUCAUCAUAAUUGUACCAAAAUAUUAUACAUUCUGAUAUACGGUACUAUAUUCUCGAUCUGAAACUUAUUCUAACACAAUAAAUUAUAUUCGGACACUGAAUCAAACUCCACUAUAGAACCCCAACACCUAAUUAUUUAAAAUUGCAGCAAAUUUUCUUCAAUUGACUCUCACAUCAAUUUCGAAUAAUUGUGGACAAAGUAUAAAUUCAUAGUGAUAGAAUGGGAAAUCACCCCUUUUGGGACAAAAUGUUUUGUGGUGGUUUUUGGUCGGAAAAUGACAUGUAUCACAAUGGUUUUACGUUGGAAAAUGGAAUGUAUGACAGUGGUUUUAUGCCAAAUGAAACAAUUGGUGAAAAUAGCUCCCGUGAAAACACUAAUGACAGACUGUCAUCACCUAGCACUAGUUCCGAGUGUGCGAGUUUCCUGUGCAAUAACAACAAUCUCGGAGAUAGUAAUUUUGUGAAAAACUUCAACACAGAUCAAGGUAAAGCUUCAGCGCACAAGAAUUUCGUAAAAGACUAUAGCACAGUUGCAGAUAACUUGUCAACUCAAGGUAGUCCUCGUAGUGUAAGAGGAGAAACAAUGGUUACGGCUAGGAGGAAAACAUUGGAUUGUGGAGGAACUAUGACUAUAGUGAGAGGUGUUUCCGAAGAGAGUGGAUAUACUAGUGAGAUGGGCGUUUCCGAACAUAGUGGAACUAGUGUGAAUUUACUUGAUGAAAUUAAUACGGAAUCUAAUUUAUGGGACCAAUUUAGAUCUCAUGCAUUGGUUAGUGUUCCUCCUCAUGAUGUAGAAAUGGACAACCUCGCCAAUCUUUCAUCGGAACUGACCAUUCUAACAGAUAGUUCUGGUUCGGCCGCCCACAGUAUCCUCACAUCUCCCGAUCUCACGCCCGAACCAUCCAGGUGCCAACCUCAAUUCCAAGUUCCUUCAGCUGUUCCUAGCACCUCGCAACAAGUUCCUCAAGAAAAUGUCACUGAGACUGAGGAUGAGGGAGAUGAUGAGGAGGAGAGAAAGGAAGUCCGUUUGCCUUCUGAUCCGGCGAAAUGGGAAGGCGACCACAUAGCGGACUGGGUGAGCUGGUGCGGAAGCCAGUUCAAGCUGCGACCGCUGCCCGACCCGAGUCGCUUUCCGACGUCGGGUGUCGACCUGGUCGCAAUGUCCCGCACCGACCUGGGUCGUGUGGCCGGUAGUGCCCGCGGCGGCCGACUGCUGGCCAAGCACCUGGCGCACCUACGCAGCGUCACCACCGGACGGUGUCCUAGUCCUACGCCUGCCGUCCAGGAUGAGGGAUUGGACCCGUUCGAGGUGCUAAGCUCGCGCGUAGCGGCGGGGGCCAGUGCCAGUGGCCAGGGGGGUAGCGGGCAGAUCCAACUGUGGCAAUUUCUGUUGGAGCUGCUGCAGUCGAAAGCGGCCUGCAUCCAAUGGGAGGACGGCGAUGGCGAGUUCAAGCUGACAGACCCGGACGAAGUGGCGCGGCGCUGGGGUGAGCGCAAGUCCAAGCCCAACAUGAACUACGACAAACUCAGUCGGGCACUCAGGUACUACUACGACAAGAACAUAAUGACCAAAGUGCACGGCAAGAGAUACGCCUACAAGUUCGACUUCCAUAGUCUAGUAGCCCAGAACCAAGCGGCCCAAACUCCAGCUGACAGCUGCUUAAAUCUGCAUCAAUCGUCAGCUGAACUGAACGCUGCGCUGUACACGUCAUCAUCGCGGCUACAACACACGCUUCUACCCCCACCAUCCGCCUCCACUGCUGUAGCGCAGACGUCGCCCGGAAGUGUGGCAACGUCGCUGUUCCAGCCGGCACCCCCCGCCUAUUGGGCCUCGGCCAGUCUAUCAUCGCUCUACUCCAGGCAGCACCCUGUAGCACCCCACCAUCCCCCUCCUCCUCUACACCCCCCUCCAAGGUACCCCAGUUACCCCACCAACUAAUGUUUGUAUUAUUUACAUUGCAUUAUUAAUCAAAACAUUGAUUUAAAUGUACAUAAUAAUAUGAUUUGUAUUUAGUAUUCCUCCACCACCUGAAAUUUCUUCUUGCUGGAAUACCUAGGCUACUGCAAUUAUGGCAAUUAUCACUAUGGAAAUGGAAUCAUCAUUAUAGUAAUUAUUAUAGUUGAACCUGUGUAAAAAUAUUACAGACACAUUACAAGAUUGCACUAAGCUCUCAUUUAAUUUUAAUCUAAACAUUUAAUUUUUCUGUCUCAGUUUUAUAAUAAGCAUUGAAUAUUCCUCCUCCACUCACUGAGGUACCGUACCUACUAUAAUUAUUAUUAUCUUACUAUCACAGUUGAGAAGAAAUGCAAGUAGUAUAGAUUGCACUGAUUCCUAGUUAUGUAUUUCUUUUUGUAAAUUGAAUUUAUUAUUUCACUUAUAAUUUUUUUCAUGAACAUUGAAUAUUCUCCCCCACCCUUAUCCUUACAGGGAUAUCUUCAAUCAUUAUUAUUCUACACAAUUCGAAAUGUGUAGAAAUUCAUUGACUGUAACAGAAUCCACUAUAUUUUGGGACUCUGUGAUUAUUGUUCCUUAUUCAUGGAAAGAUUUUUGAGAAAGUAAUGCCAGCCAGAAGCCAGUGUGGCCGUAAUAUUCAAUUUAGUUUACGAUUUUUCCCUUAACAAAAGUUUAUGUUUCUCAUAGAAUGUGCACGAUAUAUUAUUUUAUUAUGUAAAAUCCGUGUGGAAAUUCAGUUAUAAAGGUUGCAAACUAGGUACUCUACCGUAAUUAAUUAAUACACUUGACAUUGAUUGAAAUAUUUUUGAAAGAGGAAUCCAGAUUUUGUUUCUCAACAAUACACUGCAUAUAUUAAUUCUCCAUUCAGGAUAUCAUAAAUACUGAUUAAUUCCUUUCCAGAGGAGAAAGAAUCAAGAGGAGAGAUGAGCUAAAUGAGGGGAUCUGUAGUAUUUCGAAUAGUUUCUCAGAUCUUUUAACAGAAUUCUAUGUUUUUGAUGGACUUCAAGAAAAGAAGUAUCUAAUAGUAAGUAAGUAAGUACAUAAUUUAUCCAAGUUGAAUCAAAAUAUGAAUAUUGAGAAAAAACACUAACAAGAGAAGUUAUAUUAAUUGUGGUUAUGGUGGAACACUGAUGAUUGUGAUGGACGUUUAUGAAUUGAACAGGUACAAAUGUAUCUGUCUUACAGAGAAGCAACCAAACAAAGAAAAACUCUCAAGAGCAUUAAUCAUGAAAAUAUGCCUCAUAUUUUUCUUAAUGAGAUUAUUCAUCAAAAGUCACUUGAAAAAUUUAUUAUUUUUCAUAUCUCACGGAAUAACAUAUUAUACAUAAUAGUUUGUAUGAUUUUGUAACAAACUUACAAUACUGGAGAUUGACUUAUUUAAUUUAUUUCGCCCUUUAGUGAAGAAAUAAAAAACCCUGGUUUUAUUGUUGGAUUAUGAAAAUACAUAUUUUAUGAAUAUAUUCUAUACCUAGUAUGAUAUGAAUAUAUUCUAUAGUAUGAUAAUUAUUGAUUUAUAACGUUUUCAGUAAACCAUUUCAAGUGACUGUGCUAUAAAAUUGUAUUUUAAUGAUUUUUUUAUUUGUAAAAGUAUUUCUUGUAUUUGCAAAUAUAAUGUGCUUUAAUGUGUUCAGUGCAGCAUGAGUUAAUUGUAAUAUUUUUUAGUUUUGAAAAAUGAGCAUCAAAAUGUAUUAAUAAUUUAUUGAAUAUAUUAUUCAUCUUAUUAUUAUCUAGAUUCCAGUUGAAAUUAUUAUUCAUUUAUUCACGUCAAGUUCCAUUGAAUGUGGUAAAAGUCAACUUGUAAAGCUACCAAAUUCAAUAAUUUAUUAUAAAAAUUGCCUCAAUAUCUUGUCCAAGUUCAAUAUUAGUAGUAAAUAUUAUUAUUUAAGCUUUAUUACAGAUAGAAAAUUUUAUGCUUUUCAAUUUCGAAAUUUGCAAGUGCAAUAAUAUGUAAGUAUUGUUAAAUUUAUUUAGGUAUCAAAGAAAAUAAAUGAUUUCAGUUCAAAUGCAUAAA